AUGAGAAUUCACCCUAACAUGUCUUCCAAAGGAGUAGAAGCAGAGAUGAUUAAAUAUGGUGUGCAUCCAAGCAAAUGGCAAAUUUAUAGAGCACUUUCAAAAGCAAGAAAUGAGAUUGAAGGCAAUCACAGUGAAUCCUACACCAAAUUGCCAAAGUAUGCAGAACUUCUCAGGAAAUACAACCCGCACAACAUUUGCAAAAUACAUUAUGAUAGGCCUACUCUCCUUGUUGAGUCUAGAUUUCUGAGAAUAUUUAUUAAAACUCAAAGAAGUGGAUUUCUUGAAGGCUGUAGACCUUUUGUUGAUUUUGAUGGAUGUAUUUUGAAAGGUCCCUUUGGUGGCGUACUUCUCACAGCAGUAACUUUAGAUGCUAACAAUAGCAUCUUUCCUAUUGCAUUUGCUGGCUUGAAUCUUGCUUAUGAAGAUAUAGUGCCUAUUGCUCAUGGAAGGCAUUGCUGUAGGCAUAUCUGUAGCAAUUUUAAAGCUCAAUUUCCUAGUAUUUUGCUCAGUAACCUGUUCUGCAGAGCAGCAAAAAGCUUUGACAUUGCAGGGCAUAAUGAAGCCAUGGCCAACAUAAAGAAGCUAAACAUAGAAGCUUGGAGAUAUCUGGAGAAAAUUCCCAAAACAAGUUGGUGUAGAUAUACCUUUAAUACUGGAAUUAAGUGUGAUCAUGUCACAAAUAACUAUACUGAGUCCUUUAAUGCAUGGAUAGGUGAGCUAAGAGGGAAACCUAUCUCAACAUUGGUUGAGGGGUUGAGGAAGAAGUUCAUGAAGAAAACGCAUAAGAGAUAUCAAAAAGGGUGCACACUAACCACUACUGUCACCCUAAAGAUGAUGGAUAAACUGCAAAAAAUAGGACAAGCAUCAAGACAAUGUCAACUUACUAUGGCAGGUGAUGACAUAUUUGAAGUGGGGAAUAUGAACAGGUCUUACAUAGUCAAUUUGCCAACUAAAAGUUGUAAUUGUGGAGCUUUUCAAAUUUUAGGACUUCCUUGUAAACAUGCUGCAUUGGGGAUUAUUUACAAGAGACAGAAGCUAGAGUCCUACUGUGACCAUUGGUUCUCAAGAGAUAUGUACUUAAAGACAUAUGCAAGUCUUGAAGGAAGGUGCAAGCUUGUGGUGUUUCUUGGUGAAGUAUUGGUGGAAAGUCUUGCUUACAACUAG